AUGGCGCGCCUCUCCUCCCACCACCACCGCGGCAGCACCGCCACCCCUAGCCCCACCGCCUGCGCCACCGCGACGCAGAACCACAAACAGCAAGCCGCAAAGGGAGGAAACCUCAUCUCGCCGCAACAAGCCCAACAGGCCGCGCAGCUGCGCCGCAGCCUCGUCGCAGCGAUGCUCAAGGACAUCGGCAUACACCAGCAGAAGCAGCAGCAGCAGCAGCAGCAGCCGAAGACGACGACGGCGACGAAGACGUCGCCCACGCCGCAGCCGUACGGCGCGCAGGCCAUCGCGAUCCAGCAGCGGCUGCGCAGCCGGCGCCGCGACGCGCUGGCGCCCGACUUCGACGUGCGCGAGACGGAGAGCGCCUUCUACCUCGAGGGCGAGCUGCCCGGCGUCGCCGACCGCGGUGCCGUGCGCCUCGACUGGAUCGACCGCCGCACCCUGUCCAUCGACGCCAAGAUCGAAAAGGUCGACCUCGAGGCCGAAUGGGGCCUGCUGCGGCCCAUUCGCGUUGGCAACAAGCCGAGGAGGCCGAGCGUGUCGGCGUCGACGAGCGGGAGCAGCACGUGCAGUGAAGACAACAUGGUCGUGGACGAACAGCAGCAACAGCAGCAGCAGGAGCAGCAGGACGAAGACGUGAAGAUGGCGUCGCUUGAGGCGCAGCCGUCGAAGCCUCUCGUCCGCGAGUGGCUGAGCGAGCGCCGCGUCGGCCACUACCAACGCACCUUCACCUUCCCAACCGACGUCGAUGCGUCCGCCAUCAGGGCCAGGCUGGGCCAGGGCUUGCUCAGAGUGUUGGUCCCCAAGGUCGUCCGGACCGGUGCACGGUCUAAGCAGGUCGACAUUGAGGACUGCGAGGGAGAAACAUGA